UGCUAAGAUCCACCACUUGCGUUUCACAUGCAAAUGAGAAGGGCUUUCCGAAGGCUGGGCUGGGCUGGGCUGGGCUGGCCUGGGCUGAGCGAUGAGCGCUGUGCUCUGCGCUCUGCUGGCUGACGGGAUUCCGCGCUCCGGGCCUGAGACCCGCGAGUGUUAGAGAACCAUGUCCUCUCUCUUGCCACCGCCAAGAAGGAUGGACAUGACACUGAAGCAGAAAAUAAAUGAGGAUUAAAGGACUCGGGGAAAGGAAGCCCGCUUGAGAAGCUGUCGAAAGUCAAGACUGGCAAAGGAAUUUCAUUCAACCUCUUCACUCUUGUAGUUUCAGGGACUGAUCAUUUCUGAAUCCCUGGAGAGAGAUUCCUUCCCCAAGGAAGUGAAAAUAAUGAACUUUUGGAAGUAUUACCUUUUUGCUUUUAUUGUGCUCGGUGUGGUUAUUUUUUUUGUACAUUACAAUAGCCAAUUAAACCUGCCAAAAAGGAAGCUGAAUAGUUCCAGUGAAAGGUAUUCUGGAAUACACGCCUGUAAGGACGCAUUAGGAGGUAAGUCAACUUUUUUGUGGGAGAAGAUAUUGACAUCACCUUUGGGAGGUGUCCCUUGCGAGGACUACCUGAUCCAGAAUCACUACAUCACAAGCCCCCUCUCAGAAGAAGAAGUGGCAUUCCCCUUGGCCUAUGUCAUGGUCAUCCAUAAGGACUUUGAUACUUUUGAAAGGCUCUUCAGGGCUAUCUACAUGCCCCAAAAUGUCUACUGUGUUCAUGUGGAUGAGAAAGCCACAGCUGAGUUUAAGAAAUCUGUGUGGCAGUUACUGAGUUGCUUCCAAAAUGCUUUUAUUGCUUCAAAGAUAGAGCCUGUGGUUUAUGCAGGAAUCUCCAGGCUCCAGGCUGACCUGAACUGCCUGAAAGACCUGGUAGCCUCGGAGAUCCCGUGGAAGUACGCCAUCAACACCUGUGGGCAAGAUUUCCCCCUGAAAACCAACAAGGAAAUAAUUCAGUAUCUGAAAGGAUUUAAAGGGAAAAACAUUACCCCAGGGGUGCUGCCCCCAGCUCAUGCAAUUGGACGAACUAAAUACGUCCACCGAGAGCACCUGGGCAAAGAUGGCUCUUUUGUGAAAAAUACUAAUAUUUUGAAAACCUCACCUCCACAUCAGCUGACCAUCUACUUUGGCACUGCCUAUGUGGCCCUUACCAGAGAGUUUGUCAACUUUGUCUUCCAUGACAAAAGGGCCAUUGAUUUACUACACUGGUCAAAAGAUACCUACAGUCCUGAUGAACAUUUCUGGGUGACACUUAAUAGGAUUCCAGGUGUCCCUGGCUCCAUGCCAAAUGCAUCAUGGACUGGUAACCUCAGAGCUGUAAAGUGGAUUGACAUGGAAGAUAAACACGGAGGCUGCCAUGGCCACUAUGUACAUGGCAUUUGCAUCUAUGGAAACGGAGACUUAAAGUGGUUGAUUAAUUCACCAAGCCUUUUUGCUAACAAGUUUGAGCUUACUACAUACCCUCUUACUGUGGAAUGCCUAGAACUGAGACUUCGAGAAAGAACCCUAAAUCAGAGUGAAACUGCAAUUCAGCCCAGCUGGUAUUUUUGAUCUACUGCGACUCAUGACUGAAGGGAACCUGCAGUUGGAAAGACGAGUCUUUCUUUGUGAGAGAACUUUGCCUUGGUUAACAGUUUCAUGACUGAGGUUAUGGCUUCAGGACAUGGCUACACUAUUAUAUGUUACAAUAUCCAUUAGACACUGUGAAAUACACUAACGGGAUGGCUUCACAGAGCGAUCCUGGCACUUUGGCCACUCUGGCCAUUUCUUGAUGUUCACCUCUUUGUCAGUCUUGUUCUGAUCAAUGUCAUCAGAUCUUUGCACCAGAUGCUCAUGAUAUAUAAAUGUUCUAAUGAAAAGGAGAAUUUUAGAUAAUAUGAUUUAGGAAAAUGAGAACGGUUUCUUUGAAAGAGGGAAUCUUUUAUAACAGAUCUAUAGCCAUAUAUUAAAGGACACCAUUCUUAUUUGUUCAACCGCACAACUCAUCAAGCUUCUUUAAAACUUGAGCUACUGAAACUGAGAACUAGAUCUUUUUCCUGAGAUUUAACACUAGCAUUUUCGGUUUACUUGUCUGACAUUCUGUAUAGAAUAUAAAUUCAUUAACAGGAGGCAAGAUGUGAGCUAAGACAACAACACUGCUUGCUGCUUCAGUAAAAGGAACCCCUGGAUAACACAACAUUUCUCGAUUGUGUCAGAAUGUGCUCUGGUCCCUUUUCCAUCAUUUGUCAUUGAGAACACUGAAAAGUUCUUGCACAAUGAAGACAUUCUUAGAAGAGAGGUGGUAUUGCAUGGAUCUAGUCUCAAAUCUCUAACACCUCAGAAUGAAUCACUUUCCUCUUUUGUCACCACCCUCACCAAAGUAAAAAAUGGAGAUCAAAUUUUAACCUGUGAGGCUUUUAACAACUCUAUGAUGUUCUCUGAAUGGCUUUAUAAUGCCUGGUGCUGAUAAGAAUGCCUAGAUGUUUAAGAGCUUUCAAUAAGCAUCUCUGUCAUUUAUCCCUUGUCUGUUCACUCAUGCAAUUCGUUCAGCAUGCAGUUAAUAAAUAUUUCUUGAGUACCUAUUAUAUGCCAGACAUGCUGAGACAAGCAGGAAAAGUAAGUCAGAAGGUCUUUCACUCUAAAAAUCUUGAUAAUAAUGUUAAUGUUGGAGAGGCUGCUCUAGGGAACUUUAGAGGAUGGUUGCAUUUUAAUAUGUUCAUCUGCAGGGGUGUAGAUUGUGCUAUGGGACCAAGGGUCUUCCAAAUUACAACUUGAAGUUUAAAUCAGAGGUUAUUCAAAAGAGAGAAGAUAAAGAGGUGACAUAAACUAAAGCUCUGUCAAGGUAUUCUGCUAGCUCACUGCAUUCAAACCUCUCAACAUUCCUUUGAGGUCUUCAUUUAUUGUCCCUGUUUGUCUUGCAGGUGAAGUAAGUGAGGCUUGGAGAAGUUGUUACUAAGCAGUAGGAAACAAGUUCUCUGACAAUUGGGAUUCUCUUACUGGUCUUAUUUCAUUUCCCGAGGUGGAAUAUUAGAGAAGGUGAAAUAAGGCCAUAUUUAGUAUGCCAGAGAAGGUAGGUUUUAAGAAUGGUCUCGGUGUUAAUAUUGAGAAAAGGUCCUGUCACCUCAGAAAAAUGUGAAGUCUACUUUUGUAUUCAUCUAAUCCAUUGAAGUCCUUAAUAUUUAUUUAUUCUGAUGAAAAACAAUUACUACAACUAAUGAUACAUUUAAUUAACACAAUUUUUUUCCUGUAAUUGUUGUACCCGUUGAAUGUUAAUCAUAUUUAAAGGGAAUAACUAUGAAAUAAAGCUUUUUUUUUUUUUUUUCCUGCUACUAGAAAAGGUGGAACUGUAUUAAAUGGUAAAGAGCUGAGGGGUAGGAAAUACACCGAGAGCUAAUGGCAGAGUCUAAAAAUUGUCAUUUUUCAACUUAUUUAAAUGAUGCUGCAUGAAAAGAAGAAAUGUUUUUACACUGGAUCUUUCUCACUUAGAAUGAGAAGCUUUUUGGAAUAGAAGAUGUUUACAUGUCUGUUGCUUGUCAUCUCUCCUAUAUCUUAAAUAUUUUAAUAUUGGAAGAGAGUAGUGUUUGGCCUAGUGGGUUUCUGCUAGUCCAUGGAAUACCCUAAAACUACUGAAUCAGUCUUUGUUUUUGAUGAUGUUUCAUGUUGUUUUCUUGAAAAUAAAUUAAUAUAUUGUUUUCCAC